AUGGCAUCAGCUUCAAGCACCCAACUUCCCCCAGGGGUCUCACCAAACCAUCUAUUCGGCCCUCUCAAAGAACUCAUUGACGAACUCCGUAUCUUUACCCUGGAAACUGCCGAGAACGGUGAAUCCGACGACCUAGGCGUCCGCACCAUCACAGCCGGGAGUAACUCUGACGCCUUAGUCCCCCUCUUCUUCCGCUGCACCUGGCCCGCGGGAGCCAAAUCCCGCCACAAACUCAUCUGGAUGAAACCCUCCGUCCCUAACGCAGCCCUCGGAGCCGCCGUCAAUGACGCCUUUCGGGUCAUCGAAGCCGGCGGCGUCGUCGAGAAGACGGUCGCUAUCUGGGGCAUCAGCAAUCCCUUCACCGAUUCUUCGGCACGCGGGAUCGCCUUCCGCGAGAGGGUGAGACGUGCGGUGGGCCUGGACGAUCCUCCCACGCAGCAGCAGAUCAUCAAGAUGAUGGAGGGGACGAUGAACGGGAUCAUGCAGGUGGUGGUGGAGCCUGAGCGGGAUGCAAGGAAGUGCGUCGUAUGUCGCCAACCUCGGCCGUUCACCCUGGGUCAUUUGGACGACUUGCGACAAUCAGCGUUUGGGCCGAUGAUGUUCUGCCAAGAUUGCGUUCAGAGGCUUGGUUGGCAGGAGAUUAACCGUAUCAUUGGCCAGGCGGAGGCGGAGGGAGAGCAGCGCGCGCGGAGUAGUCUGAACAACUCCUCGGGGUAG